AUGUCGCAAUCCUCUCCAUCAAAGGUGCUCCUCCCACUAUACAUUUACCCACAAGUCGGCGCAUGGGAUCCUCUUUACACAGCCGUCGCCGCAAAUCCGUGUGUUCGAUUUGUCGUCAUCAUCAAUCCGGAUAGUGGGCCAGGUGCAGCACCGUGGUGGCCGAAUGAGGACUAUGUUCGGGAAAUAGCACGGCUAAAUGCAUUGCCGAAUGUUACGACCUUGGGCUAUGUACGGGUAGCCUAUUGCAGACGACCGGUUCAAGACGUUCUAGAGGACAUCGAAACAUACGGUAGAAGAGCCAGAGAGGACGCCCGUUUGAGGGUCGAAGGUAUCUUCGUCGAUGAGACGGUGAAUUUGUACACAGAAGAGGCUAAGAAGUACCUCGAUGCUAUCGAUCGCAGAGCGCGAACUCUUAUUGGUGUUGUCGAGAACAAAAUGGCAAGUCUGAACAUUUCCUUAAACAAGACUGAGCAAUCCGAGCUGAUAACACCCAAGAUGGUUCAUAAUCCUGGUACAGCAGUCAGCGCUGAGCUUGCGGCACCUGGACCCGAGAUCACGGUGGUUGUAGAGACAUCCUACGGGGAAUUUAUGACCGAAGGAUACCAGGAGUGGCUUUCUACCUCGCCGUACAAGCGUGCUCGAACUGCGUACAUAGUACAUUCUGUUCCACAAGGAGAGGUGAAGGCUCUAACGAUAGCGCUUUGCGAGCGAGCAGAGUAUCUGUUUGUAACAAGUGCGUUCUGCGGCUUCUACGAGAGUUUCGCUGGAAGCUGGCAUGAAUUUGUCGCAUCGCUAGCGGAGCGGCGAAAGUAA